AACGUCACACUACACACUAUUAGUAUUUUAAUUACACAGUGAAAAAAUUUAAUUAAUUACUAAUCUCUGUCCAGGUACAUAAUAUUAUUCCAAGAUACGGUCCUUCGUUACUAUAAACUCUAUAAAAACCAAUUUUCACUUCCAAUUGAAUUGGGAACAAACCAAAUCUCUAUCUCUCUCCAUUAGAGCUUGAAGCAGCCAUAGCCUAACAAAACCUUCAACAAUGGCUUCAAUGGCUGCCGUCUUAAGCAAAACUCCAUUCCUCUCUCAACCACUAACCAAAUCAUCUCCAAACUCCGAUCUCCCCUUCGCCGCGGUUUCCUUCCCUUCCAAAUCCCUACGCCGCCGCGUAGGAUCAAUCCGAGCCGGAUUAAUCGCUCCCGACGGUGGUAAGCUUGUAGAGCUCAUCGUGGAAGAGCCAAAGCGGCGAGAGAAGAAACACGAGGCGGCGGAUUUGCCACGUGUUGAGCUGACGGCGAUUGACUUGCAAUGGAUGCAUGUAUUAAGCGAAGGCUGGGCAAGUCCACUCGGAGGUUUCAUGAGAGAAUCCGAGUUCCUCCAAACUCUUCAUUUUAACUCGCUACGUCUUGACGACGGCUCCGUCGUUAACAUGUCCGUGCCUAUUGUUCUCGCUAUUGACGAUGAACAAAAAGCACGUAUCGGCGAGUCUACACGUGUCGCUCUUUUCAAUUCCGAUGGUAACCCCGUCGCUAUCCUCAGCGAUAUUGAGAUUUAUAAGCAUCCAAAGGAAGAAAGGAUAGCUAGAACAUGGGGUACGACGGCUCCAGGUUUGCCUUACGUAGACGAGGCGAUAACUAAUGCUGGAAACUGGCUCAUUGGGGGUGAUCUUGAGGUUCUUGAGCCAGUGAAGUACAAUGAUGGGCUUGAUCGUUUCAGGCUUUCGCCUGCUGAGUUACGUAAAGAGUUGGAGAAGCGUAAUGCGGAUGCGGUGUUUGCUUUCCAGCUGAGGAAUCCUGUUCAUAAUGGUCAUGCUCUUCUUAUGACUGAUACUCGUAGGAGACUUCUUGAGAUGGGUUACAAAAACCCUAUUCUUUUGCUUCAUCCGUUAGGUGGGUUUACAAAGGCUGAUGAUGUUCCUUUAGAUUGGAGGAUGAAGCAACACGAGAAGGUUCUAGAGGAUGGUGUUCUCGAUCCGGAGACUACAGUGGUUUCGAUAUUCCCGUCACCUAUGCAUUACGCUGGUCCAACCGAAGUGCAGUGGCACGCAAAGGCUAGAAUCAAUGCUGGUGCUAACUUUUACAUUGUGGGUCGUGAUCCUGCUGGGAUGGGUCAUCCAGUAGAGAAACGUGAUCUUUACGAUGCUGAUCAUGGAAAGAAAGUACUAAGCAUGGCACCAGGACUCGAACGACUCAACAUCCUUCCUUUCAGGGUUGCUGCAUAUGACAAGACGCAAGGCAAGAUGGCUUUCUUCGAUCCCUCGAGGCCUCAAGAUUUCUUGUUCAUCUCCGGCACUAAGAUGCGCACAUUGGCAAAGAACAACGAAAACCCGCCAGACGGUUUUAUGUGCCCAGGUGGAUGGAAAGUUCUGGUGGAUUACUAUGAGAGCUUGACUCCGGCGGGUAAUGGUAGACUACCAGAAGUGGUUCCGGUGUAAGACAAAACUGUUCGUUUCAAAUUGUAACGUUUGUGUUGUGAAGCCUUGUAGCAACAAUCAUUGUUGUAUUGGGAGAGAAGCCUAUGUAUAAUCUGGCUUGACCUUUUUCCAAAUAAAAUACAGAAGAAAAAAAGACUGUUUUUCGUUUGCAAGAUAAUUUACGAAACUUGUAAUAUUUGGGCCUCAAACUUUGUACCAUAUUAAUGAAACGAUUGUUUUUACAUAUAAGGAUUUACGUAUUUUUGACUUUUGACUACAUCUUUUUCUAUUUAAUCACUCACUUUUUUUUU